UUUGAUCACUGCCUUUGUUUUUUCCCUUCCUGAACUGGGAUUGUUUUAUAUCUUCUUGGCAAGCUAAAACUUGCACAAAAGUGUUUUUUUUUUCUUCUACCAUUUUGGUGGUGAAGAUGACGAUCACGGCCACACCAAGCGUAGAAAAUGGCUGCCUCAUUGUGCGGGGCAGAGUGGUCUUAACAGGAGUUCCUCAAAACGUUGUCGUUUUGCCUCUUACCGGUAGCUCGGCUUUCGUUGGUGCCAAUUCUAGUUUUCCCAGCUCUCGUCAUGUUUUCAGUCUCGGAACUCUUAAGGGAUUCAAGUUCUUAUCUCUCUUUAAAUUCAAGAUAUGGUGGAUGAUACCUCGCGUAGGAAAAUCCGGAAGUGAAGUUCCCAUGGAAACUCAAAUGCUUAUGUUGGAAGCAAGAGAAGAGUCUGCCUUGGAGUGGGAGAUUUCUUCUGAGCCAAACAGUAUUGGAAACACUUUUUACAUUCUCCUCUUGCCUGUGUUGGAUGGCCUUUUUCGUGCGAGUUUGGAAGGGACUAGUGAAAAUGAGCUCCGAUUAUGCGUCGAAAGCGGAGAUGCCAAAGUCCAAACCUCCCAAGCACUAGAAGCAUUGUUUGUGAAUUCAGGGGACAACCCAUAUGAGCUUAUUAAACAUUCUAUCAAGAUAUUGGAGAAGAACAAAGGAACUUUCAGUCAUAUUGAGAACAAGAAAAUCCCUUCGCAUUUAGAUUGGUUUGGAUGGUGCACUUGGGAUGCUUUCUACACUGAAGUUAAUCCAGAAGGAAUUGAAGAGGGUCUUAAGAGUUUUAAGGAAGGAGGUUGUUCCCCAAAAUUUGUUAUUAUUGAUGAUGGAUGGCAACAUACUGUAAAUGAAUUUCACAAAGAAGGCGAACCGCUUGUUGAAGGGACACAGUUCGCGAUCAGAUUGGUUGAUAUCAAAGAGAAUACUAAGUUCAGAAGUUCAGGAUCAAAAGACACAUGCACAGACCUCCAUGAGUUCAUUAAUCUCAUCAAAGAGAAAUAUGGACUAAAGUUUGUUUACAUGUGGCAUGCUUUAGCUGGUUAUUGGGGAGGCGUCCUCCCUUCAUCGGAAUCAAUGAGAAAAUACAAUCCAAAGAUUGCUUUCCCAAUUCAGUCACCUGGCAACACGGGGAAUCUUAGAGACGUUGCCAUGGACAGCUUGGAGAAAUAUGGGGUUGGCCUAAUAGACCCCGAAAAGAUUUUCGAGUUCUAUGAUGAUCUGCAUGGCUAUCUUGCGCGCUGCGGAGUAGAUGGAGUUAAAGUAGAUGUUCAGAAUCUGUUAGAAACCUUAGGGUCUGGCUAUGGUGGUCGCGUUUCGAUCACUAGACGGUAUCAACAAGCUCUAGAGCAAUCUGUUGCUAGAAAUUUCGCAGACAACAACCUGAUCUGCUGCAUGAGUCACAAUUCAGAUUCCAUAUUCAGUUCGAAGAAGAGCGCGGUUGCAAGAGCCUCGGAGGAUUUCAUGCCAAGAGAGCCUACAUUCCAGACUUUGCAUGUUGUUUCUGUGGCUUUUAAUAGCCUUCUGUUAGGAGAGAUCGUGGUUCCGGAUUGGGAUAUGUUCCAGAGCAAGCAUGAAACGGCUGAAUUCCAUGGAGCAGCAAGAGCAUUCGGUGGAUGUGCGAUAUAUGUAAGUGACAAACCAGGAAAUCAAGACUUCAAAAUCCUCAAGAAGUUGGUAUUACCGGACGGAUCGGUACUAAGAGCUAGACAUGCCGGUCGACCAACUCGAGACUGUUUAUUUGUUGAUCCUGUCAUGGAUGGAAUUAGCUUGCUGAAAAUAUGGAACCUGAAUAAGUUGUGUGGGGUUGUGGGAGUGUUUAAUUGCCAAGGAGCAGGUAUUUGGCCACUGAAACAAGUGGUGGAAAACAUCCACUGCAAAAGUUCUACAAGUUCAGUAAUUUCUGGUCAUGUGAAGCCCAAUGAUGUUGAGUUCCUUGAAGAUAUUGCUGGUGAAAACUGGAAUGGAGAUUGUGCUGUGUAUGCCUUCAAUUCAGGACAUCUUUCUGUUUUGCCAAAGAGUGGAAAUCUUGAGGUUUCACUGGCCACUCUUCAAUGUGAAAUAUAUACAAUCUCACCAAUUCAGGUUUUUGGACAUGGCAUAAAAUUUGCUCCAUUAGGCUUGCUUGAUAUGUACAACUCAGGAGGGGCUGUGGAAUCCUUGAGUUGCAGUGUACAAAUUUCGGAGACCACAGUUAAGAUCCGAGGGAAAGGCCUCGGGCGAUUCGGAGCCUAUUCGAGCUCAAAACCGAAGUGGUGUAUGGUUUGCCAAAAGGAAGAGGAGUUCACCUAUAAUUCUGAAGAUGGAUUGUUGAUAGUGAAGCUUGAAGGUGAAUGUGGUCCAAAAGACAUUGAAUUUGUAUAUUGAACUUAGUUGAGGAAGUUGGUAUCUGGCAUUCUAUAGAAUAUUGAUUGAUCCAAUAUGUGUUAUGAUAUGAGUUUAAUGGUUAAAUGUAAUUCUUUUGAUGUGUUGUGAACCAAUUGUUCCCUUUUUGAAUGAGAAUAAAUAUGAAGCCAAUACAUCCAAGUACAAA